AUGACUACACCAUCUAUAGAACAAGUAUGGAUAGGAAACAGACGGGCUAAGCAAAACAGGAUACAGAAUGGAAACUCUAAAAUGUAUCCUAAAUGUAGAAAGUAUUCAAGGGGGCCCACAGCUUACAGUCUGUUUGCCUCUGGUCAACCAAAAGGUGAUAUGGAUGGCGGAGACUAUCUGAAAAAAUUAGGGGAACAAUGGAAGUCUUUAGACCCAGCCUCUGUCAAAAAGUUUCAGACCGAGUCUAAAGAACUUCGUUGUACUCUUCUGAAAGGAAGAUCACGUAGUGAGGUUAUCUCACAGGAAAUAAAGGCCAUCCAAAAUUCGAUUAUGACUUUAGCUGAAGUGGGGUUUGCUAUUGGUGGAUUUGGUACAGAUCCGGAAGAUAUUCUCAAUAGCAAGAAUGAUAUCUGCUUUGUUACCUCAAAAGCAGAAUCAUUUUUCAACAAAGAGAUGUUUGAUAAAUUUAAAGAUUACAUCUGUAAAUCAGGCAAGUGUAAUUUACUUAUUUUUUAUUCUUGUGGAGAGAAUUCAACUGGAAUCAAGACAGCUGUGCCUUAUAAGGCAAUAAUAAAUGGGGCUCACAAAGUUAUUGGUUUAGCAACUGAACUAGUCUUUAAAGAGCCCCAUUUAUACAGCAAUGGCGCUAUGGAAGCUAUUCUUAAGCUGUCGAUAACUUUUCAUCCAGGAAAUGCAACAGAAACAGGAAACGUAAAAGAGCAUGGUGAAAUAUUAGAAGCAGAACUGCCAGAAAAAGAAAUAGAGGUUCCAGAAACAUUAGGAGAAAUAAUAGCAGCAGAGUUGCCAGAAAACGAAAUUAAGGUUCUCGAAUCAACAGAUUUGGAUAAUCUUUUGCAACAGGUAUCUAAAAGAGGGGUCCUUGAAACAGGAAUGCGUAAAAAAAGAAAGGCACCUAAACUGUAUGAAGUUGAAGAAAUUAUAGAGAAAAAAGAAGGACAAGUUUAUGUUAAGUGGUCUGUAGAUGGUAGUUUUUCAUGGUUACCAGAGGAGAAUUUGGUUGUGAAAAAGAACUUGUAA